AUGCAUAUCCGUGCACGUCCCGGGACCCGAGAAAAAAAAAACGAAUAUAAGCCCAGCAACUCCGGGAGAAACUCGGGAAUGAAAGCUUCCCCCGCAUCACAAACCAACUUGAAAGCUACCCGUGAUUACAACAGCGCAUCGUCUAAGAUAGAGUCAUCGCAUGGAUCGACCGGGCACUCAAACGGGCCAGAAGCAGCCCCCGUUGAGACUCCUGUCGCUGGGUAUUUGUCCUGCAAAACCCCGCUUUAUUUUUCUGCUCACUACUGACGGCUACGUGAUUCUUUGUCCAGAUGGUGGGGGAGUUAGAGGAUAUAGCAUGAUCAUGAUUCUACAAGAACUUAUGCUAAAAUUAUUCGUUGAGAUGCACGGCCGGGCGCCCAGAAGGGAGGAGAUCCCUAAGCCAUGCGACCACUUCGACCUGAUAGGGGGCACUGCUACUGGCGGGUAUGCCAUACAUUCCUGGUUUCCUGGGGAGCUUAGGGACAUGGGGCUAAUCUGGGUAGGCUUAUCGCGAUUCUAAUCGGGCGGCUGCGACUUGAUCUGGAAACUUGUAAGGAAGUAUACGUGAAGAUGGUAAAGAAGAUAUUCGAAACGGACAAGACAAUCGCCGGGCUGCCGUAUCGGAAAACCUUGUUUAAGGCUUCAAAACUCGAGGAGGCCAUCCGGGAGGUUGUACGUGAAACUAGCAUACAAGACGGAGAAGAGACGGUGAAUAUGUUUAUCGAUCCAAAGAGUCCGGUCGCACAAAUACGGCGGAGGCAGACUCCCAGCUCCCUUCCAGGGCCACAUGAUGGGGGUCGGAGUAGUCUGAAGCCAGGAUCAUCGCCUGGUAUACAAUGGGGAAACGAGAACGCGCUUCUACACGACUUGAGACAGGGGGGUUGCAAGACGUGAGUUCAUGGCUGUGGCUGUCCGGGUAAUCUGCUCUGUGCUUAUGGUCUUGACUCAGGUUCGUGACUGCUGUCCACAAGGGCUCAGACGAGGCAUCUUCCCCGACAUUACUCAGAACAUAUGACUCGGCGCAUGGAGCAUACCCACCUGCGGACUGCACUAUUUGGGAGGCCGGAAGGGCAACUUGUGCGACUUAUCCUGCUUUCAAACACAUUCAGAUCGGACAGAGCACGUACCUAGAUGAAGGCUCCGGGAGAUAUAGCCCCGUCGCUCAAGUUCUUGAGGAAGCACUUGUGCACGAAUGGCCCGGCAGAGAAGUGGGUGUUCUGGUCUCAUUGGGGGGCGGGAGGAGCCUAGAAGCGGCGGAGGCCAAACAAGGACCCUCUGCGAUUAAGUCGGCCACACCAUUUGGAAAGAUAAUUGAGGCCAGAGAGAAGCACCGCGCGAAGGUAGUUGACUGUGAGGAUAUCCACCAAGAGCUGUUACAAGGCCUGCACCGCACCGGUGUACAGAAGGAGAAUUACUUUAGGCUGAAUGUCGAGGUUGGGAUUGCCGACUUUGGCCUGAACGAGUGGAGCAGGUUGGCGGAUAUAUCGAGCUGCACUCGAAAGUACCUUGGCCGACAGGAUAUUCAAAUGAUGAACAACUCGGCAGCGAGUAAACUGGCCGAGAUUCAUCGCAGCAGCAAGGGUCGUCUCAAUGUAAUAAUCCUCCUUGAACUCCAAUUUAACCUAACCCGGUAGUAGCUAACUUGUUGCUUGAUAGCUGGAAAUACUCAAUCGAGAGUUACCAGAUCUGCCAAACGAGGCCUUUGACUCUGAUAGCGAGGAGGACGAGGAGGUAGCCAAACACUUUGAAGAGCUACACAGGAUAAAGAUGAAGAUUAGAACUUGAUGGGUUUUCUAUUCUCCCACCCGCACUGCAUGGGGAUGUUUCGGAUACCGGUGCCUGGUGUUUGUGGGAUUUUGCUGCUUAAUUUAGAGUAAUCGAGGGAAGAAAAGUCGAAUGAUUAAGAUAUUUUGUGACACCGGUUUUGUAGCACGGAUGUUGGAGGUGAAAGCUCCUCCGGGAUAAGAUGGUUAUUGGACAACUGCAUAGUUGGCAAUUCCUAUUCAUACGGUACAUAACCCUCCACCGACGCCGAAGGGUUGUCAAUGCUGCCCCGUGCACCGUCGAGAUCGAGUUCCUUAUUUUUUUUUCCUGUCUCCCGCGAUAGCCUGCUUGGCAUAGACCUGACAAACUGGGGAUUGGAAUACUCGAGUACUGGUACUGCGUUAUCUAGCUACUGGAUACCGGUAC